CAUAUGCAGAUUAUCUUCUAUGAAGACAGGAACUUCCAGGGUCGUCACUAUGAGUGCAGCAGUGACUGCCCAGAGAUGCAUAGCCACUUCAGCCGCUGUAACUCUAUAAAAGUUGAGAGUGGCUGCUGGGUGGCCUACGAGAAGCCUAAUUAUGGUGGAUACCAGUACAUGCUGCACAAAGGAGAGUAUCCUGAUUACCAGCGCUGGGCAGGCUUCAAUGACUGUAUCCGCUCCUGCCGUAUGGUGCCACCUUACACUGGAAACUACAGGAUGAAGAUCUUUGAGCGGUCCGACUUUGGGGGCCAGAAUAUGGAGCUAAUGGAUGACUGCCCAGAUCUGCAUGAGCGUUUCCACACCCAUGACAUCUCCUCCGUCAAUGUCAUGGAGGGCUACUGGAUGCUGCAUGAACAUCCCAAUUACAGGGGACGCCAAUACUUCUUGCGCCCUGGAGAAUACCGGAGACACAACGAAUGGGGAAGCACCACCACCACCAUCGGUUCUCUGAGACGUGUCACUGAGCUCAAUUGA